GUCACCUGCGUUGGUUGUCCCCUUCGGCAUUCUACUGGAUCCGCCGUGUCCACCAGAAGGCCAUUUGUUUCCAGCCUUCCUUCUGAUGCAGAGCGAACUAUGCAUCAUUCGGCCUCCCCCUCUUCUUCAUCAACUUCGGCUACGACUUCUCGUAAUUCAGCCCCUCAUCACAAAACAUCGGCAACGGACUUUUCUCUGGCAAGGAUAGACUCCAUGGCACCCUCAGGAUCCAUUACUGAAAUACCCAUGCAACAGCAGCAGCAGCGACAGCAACAACAGUCUUCCUCAGUGAUUUUUCAUACCAUUUCUGGAAUCUCAUCCACAGGAAGAUCACUCUCCUCUAUAGUCUCUUCAGGGCUACAGAGACCUCGACAUAGAAUCAUGGAAUUGCUUCAUACAUUUGACGCCUCUGGCUUUGUUUCGUCUGCUCGUAACACAUUCUCCACUACUAGCGAUAUAGUUUUUUCUCCUCUGACUGCACAGGCGGUAAAAGGGGACUUGACAGGAAUUGCAUCCCUGACAGGUCUGUCAAGUAUGGCACCACAUUUGAUGGCAACACAAUAUUUACGACGUGCUACCGCCAAUGCUCAGGCAUUAGCCCUUACAGGAUCACGUCAGGCAACACUCAUCCCUGCAGAGCAACUACUGAAAGAGGAAAUUCCAGAUUCAGCAUCGAGGGUAUCCUUGUUCCAAGGGUUCAAAGCGACAUAUCCAAGACAUCAUCAACCAUAUUCGAAGGAUCGAAAGAAGGGCAAUAGUCAACACAGAGGAAGAAAAAAUGGUUUUGGGGAAGUGGACGAGGAUGAUCCGAGCAAAGCGUUUUCGUCAUUGUUGAACGAACGAGAGCGAACGAUCAAAGAGCAGGUCAAAUUGCAGACCCAAAAGGCUCUCGUUCAGUCAGAACUAGCACAAGUGACUGCAUCUAUCAAGACACUGAUGGCUAAGCAAACCAACCUUGAGUACAAACUUAGUAAAUUAACAGAGCGUGAAGAUGAUUUGGCUGACACCUUGGAAGAUUUGAAUGGGACGCUGGCUUCGAUUUCAGAGAGGACAAAUGCACAGAAUGUUGGACCUUUGGAAUUGGAGUAUAGAGGGGAGUGUCACGACUCUGGGACAUGCAUGCACGUAUUUUAUGGACAUGACGGGAUCAUCACAUCUUUGGAUUUGAAUGGCCCCUAUAGUACAUUGGUAACUGCAUCGAAGGACAAUACGACGCGCAUUUGGGAUCUCUCCACUUUGAAGUGCUUGGGUCAAUUACCAGGUCAUGAAGACUAUGUUCAAUGCAUGCAACUCGUCCAGAAUACACUUGUAACAGGUUCCAGAGAUAAUACUAUCAAAAUAUGGGAUCUUACCGAUAUUCACCAUACACAGGUGGUUCAAGACAGGUCUGCAUUGUCGUCCGAAACUAACUAUCGAUCCGACAAAACUAAUGGGGCCUCAUCUAUUAUUGCCGGAGAGCAUUCCAGUCCACCAAUGGGCGCAUUAGUGGUAUUGAACGAUUGCUGGACAAACACAAUUAGUGGACAUACUGGGCCAGUGAGCUGCUUAUAUUUCGAAGAUAAUAAACUGCUUUCUGGAUCCAAUGAUAAAACAAUUAAGGAAUGGGAUUUGACAACUGGACAAUGUGUAUUAACAAUGGACUUGCUCUGGGCAAUGGGGUCUUCCAACUCGCGGGCAGAUUGGAUGGAUUAUGACCUUCAGAAUCACAACUUUGUGGGAAGUCUGCAGUUCUGGCAAUAUGCGCUUUGUAGCGGCACGAUUGAUGGUGGUCUUCGUAUGUGGGAUCUCCGCACUGGCCAAUCGCAUCGCACGCUUAUUGGUCACACGGGGCCUGUAACCUCAUUGCAGUUUGAUGAAUAUCAUGUUGUUAGUGCCAGCAUGGACAAGAGUAUUAGGUUAUGGGAUCUCAGAACCGGAGGUACACAGGAGAUUUUGCAGUACGAGGAUUCUGUCAACAGUUUACAGUUUGACAUGUCUAAGAUAGUUGCCGCCUCUGGAAAGAGCCUUAAGAUUUACGACCGUGUUGCACAACAGCACUCGUACUAUACGGGACACACGAAUGCAGUGAAUUGCGUACGGUUUAGUGACUCAGUGCUGGCAUCUGGCGGACAGGACUCGACAGUUCGGUUAUGGAGUCAAUGAUCAAUGAUCAAUGGUGAAUAAAACACGAUAAAUAAUAAAAAUAAUAUACCA